AUGGCGUCCAGAGGUGACUCCGCGGGGUCGCUCCGUCCGCGAGCUCGUCGCUCUAUCGCUCACGUACCCCGAUCAAAGUUGACGUCAGGAAUCGACAAAGAGAACUCUACAACAGACAUUGGCGCUAUCUUACCUCUAGAUGGUGAUGCGAAACCGAAGGGCAAGGACAAGAAGUCCCGUAGCAAAAGUUUAGGACCUGGUGGUCUGGAUGCGCUUCAGAACUCGAAUGGCAACCGACGCAAGUCCUCGGCGGGUGCUAUACCCCUCAAGUCAAUCCUAAAACCUACAGUCCCUGUCUCUCCAGUCCGAAAUAUCCCGACCUUCGAGGAAACGCGCAGACGAACACCAGCCCGCAGUGUGCAACAGGAUGGCGGCAAUGAUGAAAAGGCUGAGCAAGGGAAAGAGGGCAUGUUGAUAGACCUUGAUACCCCGGGGCCCGCAGCCUCUAGCACCAACAAUCAUGCCACUCCAUUCGAUAGCUUCAAUGCCUCAUCUGCCCUUCGGGACGGAAAGGCCGUUGAGAAAGAGAAGAAAGAUCGCGAGCGGAAAAGAAUUCUUGAACAAAGGGAAGCGCGCCGAAAGUCAAUGGCAAACCGCCGUGUGUCCUUCGCCCCGGAGGCAACGUUACAUACCUGGAACGUAGUGGAAAUACCAGACGACUCAACUUCAUCAUCUACCUCCAACUCGACCCGUCGCGCAUCCUCCCUCGCAAACCAGCAACCGGCACCUGAACAGAACGACCCUCCAUCCUCCCCUGAUGCCGGCGAAGAAUCAGAUAUCACGUUUUCUCCAGUGAAGUACCAAGAUUUGCAACAAAUCAGGAACCAAUCAGCAUCUUCGAAUUAUGAUAAUGUCGGAGGCUCUCAAGAACUAUCAUCUAGUCCAUUUAGUGGAAGCUCUGCAGGCAGUGAUGAUAUCGGAUUCCAAGGCCCUCCUGGAGACGAAGAUGAUGGGAACUCGUCAGGAUCUGACACCAACUUUGACGGCGAAAGUACGGCGAUGAGUAUGGAUGAUAUGACCGUUCAGUCAGCCGCCACAGCACAAUCUGAUGGGUCCAACUCCAGCACUAGCUCCAGUGCUCGACUAAAUGAAGCUUUACGUCAAGCAGCCCAGGAAGCUGGAACUAAGGAAAAUGGGUAUGACGAGACUGGAGAAAUGUCCAUGGAGAUCGCCGACCAGGAGAUCACCGGUGCCUUCCAACCCUGGAUCAAAAAAGGACAGAGGCAGAGCUUCGACUGGGGGGAUAUUAGUGCCUCGCACGACCAAGAAAAUGUCGACCCAUCUCAACCAAACUAUCCGUCUCUUGAACAAGCCGACGAUGACCAAGAUGAAGAUCUUAGCAUGGAUGUGACAAACGCCAUCGGUGGCAUACUCUCUAAACAAACGGGUCGACAGAGUGCUGUUUCUCGUAAGUCGAUUGGCGAGGAAACGAACUACGAUGACCAAACCAUGGAAUUUACGAAUGCUAUUGGGGGUAUAGCGCAGUCAACAUCCCCUGCAAAAUCCAUAGGAGCGGACAGCAACCCGAAUGAGGAUGAGGAGAUGACCAUGGAGUUUACGUCAGUUGUUGGCGGGGUUCUGAGUAAGAACUCUCAAUCUCAAGUUCCCAACGAGGAAGAAGACGACGACGGCGACGACGAGGACGACCAAAUGGAGUCCUUCACUCCUAUCAGUAAGGACCGGAAUUUCUCCGAAUGGGAUAAUGAGGAGGAUGUCGAUGGCAUGGAUAUGGAAAUGACUGGGGCAGUUGGUGGCAUACUCCCGCCAAUCGAAGAGCGUACUGAACCUCAGGAUGACGACCAGACUGCAGGCAUGGAUGUCACGACAGCCAUGGGUAGGAUUCUGCCGUCCGAACUUGAAUCCGAUGAUAAAGACCAAGCAAAGAAGAUGAUGGAACUGGAGUCCGACUCUGGACAGUUGGGAAGUUCCCCUUUCCAAGAACAGGCCCAAAAGUCUCCGGCAAAGUCACCUGCGAAAUCACCUGCGAGAUCCCCAGAAAAAUCACCAUCAAAACCCCCAGCACCUGUUCAUGUCGCUGCAGUUGCUUCUGAGAGUGGUAGUCCUAGCUUGGCAAGUGUGCGAUCUCGGCCAGGGAGGCAAAGCUUAGGCCCAAGAAAAUCAACUACACCAACUCCGAUUCCAGCAGAGCAAGAAUCACCUGCCAAGAAACAAUCAACUCCCCCAAAGCAGAUGACGCCCCAAGCUCAGCGACCCACCACGCCUGGGAAAACACCUCCUUCAAGCAAUAUAAGCUUCCGAGGGGCAUCGCCCAAGAAGCUUUUUGAACCCGAGCUCAAGGAGUCUGCAAGUAAAUACAAAUCACCUGGUCGCAAGAGCCUUUUUGGACAAGAUGCAUCGACUGGGCAGUCAACCCCUUUGUUUGUUCUGCGACCCCACGGCAGAAGACGUUCCUCAGGUCUUGGAAUUGACAAAGAAGGGCUCGGAUCUCCCCGUGUAGCGGAAAUGCUGGACAAAAGACGCUCUAUUGGUGAAAAUGCGCCGCAAUUUGUUCCUCAGGAGCAACCAAAGCAGGGUGGUGUGCGCUUUGAAGAUCCAUUGAAGCUCCAGGAGGAGGUUGACUGCGAGCGUGAAGAAGAGGAAUACCGGGAAGAUGGGCAUAUACCACCGUAUCCAAGUGAACGAGACGCUACAUCUAAUCUGAAGGAUAUGAUCUCAAGCUUGACACCAAAGAAGAACAAGUUCCGCGGUCGGAAGAGCUUGCAUGUUGGUGCCGCGAGGGGCUUGCUGGGUAAACGUCCAGUAGAGCUGGACCAGGACGACGACGAGGAGGAAGCUGAUAAUACACCCAAGCGUCUAAAGGGUCGCGAAGCCAGCCCUGUCAAGAAUAUCAGGCUUCCCGCACCGCCGACAGUCGAUGAGACAGUUCGACGCUCGACACGCUCUCCCGCUCGUGGGCGUUUUGUCUCGUCGCCACUUAAAGCAAGUACUACUCCAACUCAGGAACCAAGAAGGUCUAUCAUGCCAAGCCCUAUGAAGGAUGGAUCGGAAUCCUUGAAUCUCUCAGCCGAAACAGAACAAGCAGAGAAGGGAGAAAACGUUGAGACUGAGGAUCAAGAAUCCAAAUUCCCGCCAAUCCAAUUGCAGGAGUUCUUGAAUAUGACCAACAUUCAUUUCAUGGAACUCACCACAACGAAAAGACGACACACGAUUGCACCAGGAAGUGCCAGCAAAAGAGCUGCCAGGCUUUCUGAGGAGAUUAAACCAGCCACCUUUGAUGAUUGUGUUGCUGCUGGAUUCUGUACGGUGCCUAUGCUCGAGCUAUAUCAACACUCUUGUCGGGAAUUGAAAUCCUAUAUCUCAGAGGGAAGACAGGUUAUUCGAUCUAUUGAAACCGAAACCUAUGCAGAUAACCCACCAUUAUUCCGCGAAUAUGCCACGGCUCCUCCCGACAUUCGUUUGCUGAUGGACAAUCAGUUCCGAAAUGUCAAAACCCAUGCCAGAUUGCUCAGUAAAGCUACUUGGUAUGAGUGGAGAAUGAAGCUACUCGAGGGUCUGAAAGAGGGACUCAACCGACAUGUUGAAGAAAUGAAGGCUGAUGAUGAUCUUCUCUCGAAGCAUGAGGCGCUUCUCAACAGUGUUGUGCCUGCAAUGGUUGAGAAACACUCUUCGCUUGGAGAGCAGGCUACGACGUUGCAGCAGUUGGCAGACGAGAUGGAGAACUGCAAUCAGGAUGAACUGCGCAAUGCGCGGGACAAUCUCUCCAGCGUCGAAGAUGAGAUUGCAUUAAAGAAAAAGCAACUCCAAGAUAUGCAAAGCGAGAUCCAAGAAAAGUCUAACAUUAUCGAGGCUGGGGCAGAGCUCAAGGCAGACUUCACAACACAAAUUCAGGAAGCCGAAAGAGUCAAGGAGGAAUGUCGCGGUUGGAGUGCGAAAGAGAUCAGUGAACUCAAGGACUCGGUUCUUAAGAUCGAACGACAAACAGGCUGGUCCAUCAUAUCUGCCAAGUCUUCACCGGAGUCUUUUGCUGGUCCGUUGUUGACGAUGUCUUACCGCAGUCAACUUCAACUCAUGUUCCAUCCUGGGGCAUUCUACCUCGAGAAUUCUCCUAAGAAAACCGAGGCUGAGAAUACGAACAUGCCUCUUGAGUUGAGGUAUGGUCCCCACAAUGGGGACAAGAAGUCGACCAUCUCGACACCAAAUCUCUCUCCCAUCGCCUCAUUGGUCUUGAAAGCCCUGCAAAAUCACAUCGCCACUAUCGAUCAACCCAAAACGGCACCAAAUCAACUGUUGCGCUUCAUAUCGGAAGCUUGGGACCUUGUGCUCAACCUUGAGGAAGAGGCCCGCAUGCUGGAAUUCUGUGGCGUGACCAAGUUGAAGUUCUCCGAGAUGGACGACAAACCUUCUCUACGAGCUAGAUGUACAUUGCUUGGAAAUGUUUCACCUGCAUCUAGCAGAAUACCGACUGUGAAGGGGUCUAAGAAAGUCGUUAACACAAGGAACAAGAGAAUUGACGUGGAUUUCGCCGUUAAGACGUGCAUUGUACCUAGGGCCGGCGAUGCCGAUGCCAAAGAAAUUGGCACUAUGGACUUUGAAACCGAAGUGAUUGCCAGCAAAGUCUACGGCUUUGGAAGUGGCAACGAAGCCGGCAUUUCAGAGACUGAAAUGCAGAAUAUUCUCCACAACGGACUUGAGGGCAACAAGUCCGCAGUGCAACUUGGAAAUGGUGUUUGGAGCAAGGCUGUUCAAAUGCUUACGGGAGCAGUUUUUUAA